AUGUUUUGCUCGCAAGGUGGGAAUCCCCCUCACUCUUAUCCCACUCAUACCCCCUUUCCCCACUCACACUCUCACUCCACUCACACUUUCACCCCACUCACACUCCAUUCCCCCACUCCCCCACUCACCCCCCUUCCCCCACUUACACCCCCUUUCCCCACUCACACCCCCUUCCCCCACUCACACCCCCUUCCCCCACUCACACCCCCUUCCCCCACUCACCCCCCCUUUCCCCACUCACACCCCCUUCCCCCACUCACACCCCCUUCCCCCACUCACACCCCCUUCCCCCACCCACCCACUCACACCCCCUUCCCCUUCCCCCACCCACUCACACUCUUCCCCCACUCACACUCUUCCCCCUACUCACACUCUUACUCCACUCACACUCUCACCCCACUCACACCCCCUUCCCCCAUCCACUCACACUCUCACCCCACUCACACUCACACUCUCACCCUACUCACACUCUUAUCCCACUCACACUCUCACUCCAAUCACACUCUCACCCCACUCACACUCGUACCCCACUCACACUUUCACCCCACUCACACUUGUACCCCACUCAUACUCGUACCACACUCACACUCGUACCCCACUCACACUUUCACCCCACUCACACUCUCACCCCACUCACACUCGUACCCCACUCACACUCGUACCCCACUCACACUCACACUCACACCCCACUCACACUCUUACCCCACUCACACUCUUACCCCACUCACACUCGUACCCCACUCACACUCGUACCCCACUCACACUCUCACUCUCACCCAACUCACACUCGUACCCCACUCACACUCGUACCCCACUCACACUCGUACCCCACUCACACUCACACCCCACUCACACUCUUACCCCACUCACACUCUUACCCCACUCACACUCGUACCCCACUCACACUCGUACCCCAUUCACACUCUCACUCUCACCCAACCCACACUCUCACCCAACUCACACCACUUUCCCCCACUCACACUCUUACCCCACUCACACUCUCACCCCACUCACAACGCCUUCCUUCACUCACACUCUGACCCCACUCACACUCACACUCUCACCCCACUCACACUCACACUCUCACCCCACUCACACUCUCACCCCACUCACACAACUUCCCCAACUCACACUCUCACUCUCACCCCACUCACACUCUCACCCCACUCACACCGCCUUCCCCCACUCACACUCUCACCCCUCUCAUACUCUCACCCCACUCACACUGACUCAUUACCCCCUUCUGAGCAGUUUCACACCUUCUUACGCACCUUAUACCCCUUAUCCCACAUAUACCUACUCAUACCCCCUUACCCCACUCAUACACCUCAACCCUCACACAACCCAACCCAGCUCACCCACCCCAACUCUCACCCACCCCAACCAAGCUCACACCCCCCAACCCACACCCUAAUCUCAUUCCAAGACAAUCCCAGCGAAAUGAGCAAAUAG